AUGCUGCGCCGUCAAGCCCGUGAACGACGAGAUUAUCUGUAUCGGAGAGCUUUGCUUCUCCGCGACGCCUCUAUCGCCGAAAAGCGUGCGCAGUUGAAGGCUUCUCUGGCCUCCGGAAAGCCCCUGGAUCCAUCCAUCGCAAAUGAUAAGAAGCUCCGCGAAGAUUUCAAAUAUGACGAGUCGUUGCCUGCAUCAGAACAAAAGAACAAGGAAGCCGAUCUUUUGGACAUCGACGAUGAAUACGCCCUAACGUCCGGAUUGAUUGACCCUCGUCCAAUUGUUACCACCUCCCGAAAUCCGUCUAUACGCCUGAGCACAUUCGCCAAAGAAAUCCGUUUAAUGCUCCCUACAUCGAUUCGUUUAAACCGUGGAAAUCUCGUUCUUCCAGACUUAGUGUCCAGCGCAAAUGCAGCGGCGAUGACGGACAUGAUCCUCCUCCACGAACACCGUGGAAAUCCCACGGCGAUGACAAUUUCGCAUCUCCCUCAUGGCCCAACAAUCAGUUUCUCGCUGCACAACGUCGUCCUUCGAGCCGAUAUUCCCAAUGCUGCUCGCGGAACCGUCUCGGAGAGCUACCCACACUUGGUCUUUGAGGGAUUUACGUCGAAAUUGGGUCAACGUGUUGUCCAAAUCUUGAAACACAUUUUCCCACCGCGUGAGGCUGGCAAAGUCGGUAACCGCAUCGUCAGCUUCGUGAACAAGGAAGACAGUAUCGAGGUGCGGCAUCACGUUUUCGUCAAAACUGGGUACAACCACGUUGAAUUAGCAGAAGUUGGACCUCGGAUGACUCUGAGGCCGUUCGAAAUCAGAGGCGGCUCGCUGGAUGUUUCAAGCGGGGAUAUUGAAUGGAGCCUCACCCAGUACACAAGAACAAGCAGGAAGAAGGAUUAUCUUUAA